AUGAAAGUAAAGAAAGCUAAGCCAUCAGACCUGGUGGAUUCACUUAAACAUCUUAAAAUUAGCGAUCGCCGUUUUCGUCCUCAAUUGAAAGGAUCUACACUCCAUACACUUGCUUCUCUUGGUGAGGUAUCUUCGAACUGUAGAAUGACGCGGUCUGCUUCAUCGGCAACGGUCGUAAGCUACGGUUUUCGGUGUUGCAAAGCAUGUGAAUAUUGUCGAACCCUGCGAAAAACUGGUGGGCAAGGUGGGGUGAUAGACAACAAUUUGAAUCAGGCGAAUUCUUUGUAUCCCUGUUUGUCAGUAGAACACUCAAAUACUUUUGCAGACUGUGCUGAAGAUACAGGAUCUUUUCAAGAACAACCUACGUCAUCCAACAGACAAUCUUCUGGCUACCUCUGUACAACACUCCCUUCUAAACGCUGUCAUUCCAACUAUAGAACUUUAGCGUGUGACCUUCAUCCUUUACACGUUUCCCCCUGCUUCGAACAUUUACGUCGGUCAUAUGGGAAUGAGUUAAGUGAAAUUGAACAGGAUAACAAUUCGGUCACUCAAAGUCCGCACAACGUAACUAACACAGUUCACGGUGACCACCCCUUAUGUUGCUGUCACGUAACUGGGUUUCAUUUACCUCACCAUUUACGUCUAUAUCGUCGACUGUACAGUCUUAUUGACCACCCUUGUGUAAGUCUAUAUUAUCCUUGCAAACAUUAUGGAUAUACACAGACUACAGUACCUAGUGGCUGUUCCACGGGAACUGCUACUUCUUUCCGUCGCUCUUUAUCAUCAAGGCAUCGUCAUACCAUUAUUCCAGCUUCAGUUUAUCGAUUCAGCAUCGAUUCCCGGACUGCAUCCUGUUCUAAAUCUUUGGAUACUGAGUGUGAUUCAGGACUAACAGAUAUAUCUCCAGCAUCUAACUAUUGCAGUAUUCAUCAGUAUACGGCGAUACAGUCGUGUUUACAACAAAGUGCGGCUAAAUACAGAAGUCAGCCUACUGAAAAUCGUCUUGCUGGAAUCCAGCGUUGUCGUAGGAAUUCUGAUCCUGAAAGUUGGCAACAAUUUCGAAAUUUACAAUUCAGUGGACCGCUUAUAUCUGGUAACAUGAACGAGGAUUCUGAUUUAAAUGUCUCUUGUGAUGGUGAAUUUAACCGGACAGAAGCACUACCGAAUAACUCAGAGAAUAGUCAAACAGACAUAUCCAUUCGGCUUAGUACAUUUCCAAACAGAGAAAUAAAGAGUUUAGAGCCUAACUUUCAUGGAGCUGACUAUCAAUAUGUUACCAAACUCAGUAACCCAAUUAUAGAUAGUAAUGGCGAUAGGAGCAAUAUCGAUUAUGAAUAUGCUUUACCGGACAGAAGUUCAGAAUUCGGUCAGAAUCCGAUUCCAAAGACCACUACUAAUCUUCCUGCAUUUAACGUUUCGAACUCUGUUUUUAUUCCAUUGGCUAGUGAAAAUUCUAGUUUUUGUCAAUUGAAAUUUUCACAAAGUAUUGAUACCUUGUCACAGCCUAAAAAUUCAACUGUUUCACAUGAUUCUACUUCGAAUCCAAGUUCACAACAACAGCAACAAUUUCACUUUCGACCUUCAUUUUUAUCAUCAGCUGAACGUUCUGAGCGGCCUGUAUCGUCAGUUAUGCAUACAUCAGAUACGUGCUUCUCACUGCAUUCUAACAAAUCGACUACUAUGAAUACAUCAGAUAUAUCAUUGUGCAGGUCACAGACGGAAAUUCACAACCAAUCUGGUUUAGUUUGUCAACCCUUUAUUUGGACUGGCUUAAGUGAUAAUGCUAACACUUCACUAAAACAGCCUUUUAUGGAAUCGGAUCCAAAAUUAAAAGGAAAUAUUGUCCAGUGUUCUAACGAGAUGAAUUAUUUAACGGCUUCUGAUAUGAAUCAUCAUGUCAGUAGUAAUAAUAAGCCUCAAUUAGUUUCAGAUGUAUCGGUAGAUGAGUUAGCUUCGUACAUGGAACAUAUGGUUCAUAUUCCGGGCAGAAUGUCUGAAAUGGCUCAACGAAUGUAUCUCUAG